UCGAGGUUAACUGGAGGAGAGAAAAGCAAAAUCGGUGCAGAGUCCAGCAGCAUAGCUAUCGGCACCUUUUUCCCAACUUUUUGGGGAGGAAAGGCCCUAUGUGGGCGGGCCAAUGAGAUCGCCCGCCAAUUUCCAGCCCGGCGAUAUUUGGCAGGAAACGCAAUUAUAUGCUACUAGGUUGCGCUUCUUGGUCUUGCAUUCCACUCCAACACCACCACGACACCCAUUCUCUUGUAAUUUAACCAACGCAGAUGCGCGCAUUCGUUCUGGCAUUCGCCUUCCCGCUGGCCGCCGCGCAGCUCUUCGGCAGCAGGCCGUCUGAGCCCCAGGUCACCCUUGAAGAGGGCUACGAGUACGUGACCGCUGGCAGCACCAUCCAGCUAUCGCAUGUAAAGUCCGACACGCGGCUGACUCUCCCGCAGGUCACCCAGCAGGCGAUCACGACACAGGCGGACAAGGGGUCGUCGCACAAUUUCUGGCGUGUCCAGGUUGCCGGCGUCGAGCGCGGCUCACCUGUGGAAUGCGGCAGUGACGUCCGUCUGCUGAACAGUGACACGCAGUUUUUGCUGCACUCGCACGAUGGCCUCAAAUCUCCCAUUUCGGGCAACCAAGAGGUCUCGGGGUACGAUGGCAACGAUGACGGCGACGUGUGGGUGGUCGAGUGCACCAAGGAGAAGCUGUGGAAGCGCGAGGUUCCGGUGGUACUCAAGCACAAGGCCACUAGCAAGUACCUGCAGUCGCUGCCCAGCAAAAAGUACCGGCAGCCGAUCGUUGGCCACCAAGAGGUCAGCGCUGGGAAGAAGGCCGAUGCCAAUGCGCAGUGGAAGGCGCUGGAGGGAUACUACUUCAACCGGGUGGUCGUCCAGAAAUAAGAACCAAUUUCUGUGUUUAAAACGUUUUAUAUGAACGCAAUCCGUAUCGAUUACAUGCUA